AUGAUCGCAGCCCAGCACAUGAAACCGUUCCAGUUUUUCCCAAUGCUAUUCCCUCCAGCUCUGCUUUUCACUAGCUAUGCGAACUUGCAAGGAUUCAAGACCGACACUGCCGGCCUGAGCGCGGCUUGGUCGGGACUAUACCUGCUCCUUGCGGCUCGCCGUCGCCAACCAUUCAUGAAGAAAUUCGGUGUCCGGGGUGUUGUUCGUGGUGCGACCAUGAGUCUGGCAUUGGUCAACAUGAUCGGCGGUGGAUUGGCCUACACCCUCGGUAAGAGGGAAGAAGAGGAGGAGUGA